GAAAGGAUGAUGUUGCCCAAACGUCCUUUCGACAAGGUCGCCAUACUUGAUUGAACAAGGGCAGAUAAGAGAGCGCAACGACGACAGGCAAUGCAGUCGUCCGUUGUGCCAUCAAAGAGUUUGUUGCGCUUCCUUCGACACCAAUCUCAGUCGCUCUGCGUGCUACAGUCUUAUCCUCCUCAGUCAGCAUACAAACCUUCAUUAUGCCGGGCCCUGAGCACAAGCCCGUCUCGACCGGGUCGAAAAUCGGUUUCCUCACUUGACGAUGUCUGGUCUCGGUCGCGCGAGACAUGCAAGGCCCUUCCUGCACCCAAGCAUACCCCUCCGACUCCUCCUCAAAUUCGCAAGGCCAGCACAGAAAGCCAUUCUCUUGGCUUCUGGAGAAGAUGGAUUCGACAUAGACAGGCAUUAGGACGUUCUAAGCAUCCUCCAAAUUCUCCUCCCAGCAAUGGCGGCCAGGAUGACACCUCUGCCCAGCUUUUCAACUUAUCCCGAACACUUGCGAGAAAUGCCGCGGGCGCAGACCUGAAGCUGCGUUGCACCGAGUUCGACGCGAAUGGAUCAGUCACCCUCGUUUCUGGCGAAUUUCGAAAAUCAGAGUUGAUUGCAAAGUAUGGUCUACUUCCACGGGACUUGCGCAAGAUUGACUCCUCCGUUCUCCCGCAUAUUCUCAUUCGACCCACCGCUAUCCUCAUCAAUCUACUCCACCUUCGAGUUUUGAUUCAAUCUGACCGAGUCCUUGUUUUUGAUGCCUAUGGCAGUACCGACUCAUACACACAGUCUCUGUUUAUGUAUGAUCUCGAAGGGAAAUUGCGUCAAAAACCGGACCCUAGAAACAACACCACAUAUUUGCCAUAUGAGUUGCGCGCUCUUGAAGCCGUCCUGAUUUCCGUCACCUCGGGCCUCGAGGCCGAAUUUGCUCUGGUGCGCGAGCCCGUUGCUCAUAUCCUCCAAGCUCUAGAAGAAGAUAUCGACAGAGACAAACUCAGACAUCUCCUGAUCCAUUCCAAGAAGCUCGGCACGUUUGAACAGAAAGCACGCUUGGUUCGAGACGCCAUCGAUGACUUGCUAGAGGCAGACGACGAUCUCGCAGCCAUGUAUUUAACCGAGCGAAAAGACUCGGGUAAGCCAAGAGAGGAUCACAAUCACCAGGAAGUGGAGAUGCUGCUCGAGUCAUAUCACAAGAUUUGUGAUGAAAUCGUGGAAAUCUCAGGCAAUUUGAUCAGCAACAUUCGAAACACCGAGGAAGUGGUCAAAGCCAUCCUGGACGCCAAUCGUAACCAGCUCAUGCUCCUUGAAAUCAAGUUCAGCGUCGGCACCUUGGGUCUUGCUGCAGGUACACUGAUUGCUGGACUGUACGGCAUGAACUUGAAAAACUUUGUUGAAGAGAGCGAUUUGGCAUUUGGCGGUGUCAGCGUGGUGUGCUUUGCUUUGUCGGCGCUCGUCUGUGUCUAUGGGAUGCGCAAGCUGAGAAAGGUGCAGAAACUAAGAAUGUGGGGUGAGGGACCGGAUGUCUUUGGUCGUCCUCGACAUGGCAGGAUUGGUGGACGGGGCAACUGGCGCAAUGAAGCCGUGGAAAGUCAGGCUCAGCGGCUCAGUCGCCUAGACAGAGACAGUAGAGGCGCAGCAACCUCACCUCAUAAUGGACCUGUUCUCUGGCCUGGAAUGGAUGGCCUGGAGACCCACAAACUGGGCACGAGUCACGACCAUGACCGCCGAGCUGGCGAUCUUGAUACCAACAGCGAUGCCGACGCCACAGAUGAUACCAAUCCUAGUGUCACCAUCCACGAAGAUGUUGAGAAUGUAGAAGAGAGAAUGAAGGCUGACGCUCGACGAGAAAAGGGACUUGUUUUGAAGAGGUCUCACGGCCACCACUCAGGUCAUGCACAUGGCAAACGAUGACGAGGCGACAAGGCAGUCCUCACAUUCAGCGCUACGCAAUGACUACCACCACGAUGCAUUUCGUCUUUGCAACUCAUGUACCAAUACUUGCACCAAUUGUUACAACAUCAAUCCUUCAAUCCUCGUCUCUACUCUCCAAGAGAAAGUCAUGCAGCGUUCAAGCAGAUUGGCCAGUGGCAAGGGUGAAAGAGGAAACUAUAAAGCGGUACGGUAAUCGUUCAACUUUACAAAUGUAUUUGAGGGUAGUUGGAGUUGGGGCAAGACUCAAUAGGAGGCGUUGAGGUAUGUUCGCAUACCUAUGCCAUCUCCUGAAUGGCGGUGGCAUCUUUAAUAGACAAACGCUUCUCUUUGUUCUCAGUAUGCGGUUAGUUUACUGCACUCAAGCAAUUUCUUACUCUG